AUGCCUUCAUUAUCUUAUGUAUCAGUUUCCGCAAGGAAGGCAGUAACCUGCAGAGUUGUCAUUAUGUGGAAGUUACUUGUUAGCAACAAUUUGGUGUUGAGCGUUAUACGAGUUAUUGGACGCAGAUCGCCGGCUCGAAUUCGAUGGUUUGGCCUGUUUUGGUGUUUAAUGUCCAACAAUCUUGUUUCGCACUUCCCCCUGCCAAAUAGGCAGGUGGUUUCGAUGGAGCAUACCUCCACUCCACUGAACUUGCCAACAUCAGAAAUGCAAAUGAGAGUGGCUGGCCAAGUGCCUAACAAUGACCUAUCACAUCAUUUUGCUUUAUCAAAUGAGCAAAUGGGAGUGGCAGAGCCUAUGUCCAGUAAUCUUGGAUUCCAAAAUGUAUUGGUACCAAACAACAAGGUAGGACAGAACGAACUUGUUGUUGGCAUUAAUGGAUCAAAUGCAUUUUGGAUGCCAAGCGAACAAGGUCAUGAUGGUGCGCUCAUGCAAAACAUCCAAGCUGGAGAAAAGUCAUUGCUGCUGAGUAAGCGCAAGGCUGAAGGGGGUCCUGAGCAAUAUAAUUUUGUCCCUCAACAGUCGCUGAUUCCAAAUAAGCGUGCAAUACACAUGGGAGCCAACAUCAAUUCACCUGGAUUGAGACAACUGGCACCACAAAAGAAAACAGCGCCGAUGCAGUCCAACUUGAGUUCUCCAGGGUUGCAAAAUCAACCUUUGCCAAACAAGAAAAUGGUGCGAAACGAAUCUAUGUCCAGUAAAUCUGGUGGGCCACGGGGGCAGAAUAUGAAGAGACAAACUUCACUAAUUCAAUCUGGGUCCAAGGUUCAGACAGAGUCAUCUGAAGCUAUUAGGUUGAAAAUGAGGGAGUCACUAGCUGAUGCGCUGUCCUUGGCAUUUCAAAAGCCAGAUAAAGUUGCAAAUGCAGAGGAAAAACAGACUGAUGCAGCCAACAUUAAUCAGGCACCUGUGGAAUGUCAGUCUUCCGAGUCCAAUUUGUCUACAGCUACUCCUAUUCCUGGUUCCAAGGAUAUUUCUCCUUUAAAAGAGUUGGCCACAGCUGGUAAACCCAGCAAUUGCCAGGUGUUAUCUGCCGAGUUUCCUACUCAUGAAAGCAGUGGAAAUGAUGUACAAGCUUUUCGGGAGUUCCAUUAUGGUACCAUUUUGCCCGAUGAGGAUGUUUCAUUUAGUGAAAAUUUCUUUGUUAAGGAUGAUCUAUUACAGGGGAAUGGGCUUUCAUGGGCAUUAGAUUUUGACGUGGAGGUAAGAGAGGGAAAGGAGGCUCAAAAUUCUGAGAAGUCUUUAAAGGAGGAAUAUCAGGGGGCUGGAAAUAGGGGUGAGCUAGGUAGUUUAACUCCGACCAAUUUAGCUUUUAAAAUUGAAGAAGAACUGUUCAAAGUUUUUGGUGGUGUAAACAAAAAGUACAAAGAGAAGGGUAGGUCUCUUUUAUUCAACCUGAAAGAUCGUAAUAAUCCAGAACUGAGAGAGAGAGUCGUGUCUGGUGAAAUAUCACCUGAAAGGUUGUGUUCAAUGUCAGCUGAAGAACUUGCUUCUAAGGAGUUAUCAGAGUGGCGAAUGGCAAAAGCAGAAGAGAUGGCACAAAUGGUAGUUUUGCCUGACACAGAUAUAAGACGUUUGGUUAAGAAAACGCACAAGGGUGAGUAUCAAGUAGAGGUGGAACGUGACUAUAGUAUGGCUGCUGAGGUCUCUGCCGGGACGAAUGUGUCGACACAACAUAAGCCAAGGAAGGAGACUGAAACUCAUUCUCCUUCCAAGUUAGAUAAUAAUAAAGAUAGAGAGAAUGUUGCAGGUCUGGAAAAAAAUUCAGAAAACCAGGAUUUUCAAGGUAGUCUGGUUAUCCCAACUGAUGGGACUGAUUUAAUGCAAGGAAUGAUGGUGGAUGAUGAAUUGAAGGAUGUUGAUUUUCUACCUCCAAUUGUUUCUUUGGAUGAGUUUAUGGAGUCCCUUAAUUCUGAACCUCCUUUUGAUAAUAUACCAGCAGAUGCAGAUAAAACAUCCCACAUCCUGAGCAAGGAAAGUCCCGAAGAAGUAAACAAUUCUAAGGCUUUGAUUUCCGCUGCAGAAAAUUCUACACAUACCCCCUCCAAGAAGGUAGAUGAAUCGGUUAGUGAACGUAAAGUAGAUGUGGCAGUUCCAUCUAACAGUAGUUCUGCAGUGCAAAAAGGACUUCCUUCUGGUGAUGCAUCUGAGAUUGAAUGUUUGUGGGAGGGUGUUCUUCAACUUAAUAUUUCAUCCUUGGUCACCGUCGGUGGUCAAUUUCAAAGUGGCGAGAAGACAUCGACGAAAGAGUGGCCCAGCUCUCUCGAGAUCAAGGGCAGAGUUAGACUUGAUGCGUUUGAAAAAUUCUUUCGAGAACUUCCUAUGUCUCGAACUCGUGCAGUCAUGAUUCUCCACUUCAUCUUGAAGAACAAACAAUCAGAGAACGAGAGGACGGCCGUUUCUGAGGCUGUAGAUUCAUAUGUUGCCGAGGAUAGAUUGGGAUUUGCGGAGCCGGCCCCUGGAGUCGAGCUUUAUUUAUGCCCACCAUCCUCAAAAAUGCUUGAGAUGCUAUCGGAGCACCACUCUAAGAUGGCUAAUAUUAUUGAUGAUGGAUUAAUUGGUGUAGUUGUAUGGAGAAGACGUCAUAUAAGCAACACAAUAUCACCUAAUUCCUCUUCACACCACAAACAUAGCUCGAAGAAGCAGCCAUUUGCUGCCCAUCUUAAGGAAGGGCAGAACUCGAAUAAUAACAAGAAUACUUCGGUUUUGGUACCUGUGUCCUAUAAGAUCCCUACUCGUUCCAAUCCCAAACCAAAGGAGGAAGAGGAUGAUGAUAUCCCUCCUGGGUUUGGCCCUGUGGCUGCUGCCCGAGCAGCAAAAGAUGAUGAUGAUUUACCAGAGUUUAACUUCUCUGGUGAUGUAAAACCUUCUGUUCCUGGGGCUGUAUCUCAAAAUUUGCAUCGUGGUGUAAAAAUGACUACUAGCUUUAAUCAAAACCCUCAACUCCCGGUUGAUCAAGUGAGAGAGCUUAUUCAAAAAUAUGGACAAACUGAAACCAGUUCUACAAAUAGGAAUUGGGUAGAUAAUAAAGAUGUUGGAAUAGAACCGUGGAAGGAUGAUGAUGAUGACAUUCCUGAGUGGCGGCCUAAUGCCCCAUCCUCAGCACAGCCACCCCUUCAUGGCUUUCGCCCAUCAGUGCACCGCCCUUUGGUUAACCACCAUGUUAUUCCUCCGGUUGCUCGAGCACCACCGGCAAAUCCUUCAGGCCUGGCAUCUUGGCCUCCAGGGGCUAGAUCGGUGCACCCUGCUGGUCGUCACCCGGGGGCCAGGUGGAGGCACUAG